AUGCAGAUCGCUGGACGCGCAGUGGCUUUCUGACGCAGCUCUGUCCUCCUCCGGCUGAGAAUAGCAGUAGCUAGGGGGGUCACAAACCAAUGCAAGGACGCGAUCGGCCACUUCAAUUCUUAGCCGUCUUUGCAAGUAGCAGUGUCGUGGCGAACCCAUCCCCUCCUUCGUCUCUGCGCUUCCAAGGCGACAGCUGAGUAGCUGACCUGCGAGAUGGCAAGAGGUGCUCUGCCUCUGCUCCGGCUGCCUGUUCUUCUUGCCCUGUGCCUUGCCGUGGCAGCGUGCUUCUGCGGCGGAGGAAAUGCGGCGGCGGCUGAGAGGAAGACGGUUGGCGUGCACGAGCUCAAGAGGGGCGACGACUUCUCCAUCAAGGUCACCAACUGGGGUGCCACUCUCAUGUCCGUGAUCCUCCCUGACUCCAAGGGGAACCUGGACGACGUUGUGCUCGGCUACGACACCGUCGCUGAAUAUGUGAACGGCACCGCCUACUUCGGGGGUCUGAUCGGCCGCGUGGCCAACAGGGUCGCCGGCGCCCGGUUCACUCUGGACGGGAAGGCCUACCGGCUGUACCCCAACGACGGCAACAACUCGCUCCACGGUGGUCACCGGGGAUUCAGCAAGGUCAUAUGGACGGUGAUGGAGCACGUCGGCGGCGGCGACUCCCCCUACAUCAGUCUCUACUACCAUAGCUUCGAUGGGGAGCAAGGUUUCCCCGGCGACCUGGACGUGUACGUGACGUACCGGCUCUCGCCCCCGCACGUGCUGAGCGUGCGCAUGAACGCCACGGCGCGGGGCAGUGCCACCCCGGUGAACCUCGCGCACCACGCCUACUGGAACCUCGGCGGCCACGGCAGCGGCCCCGUCCUCGGCGAGACAGUGCAGCUCCUCGCGUCGCGGUACACGCCGGUGGACGCCGCGCUCAUCCCCACGGGCGCGCUGGCGCCCGUCGCCGGCACGCCCUACGACUUCCGCGCGCCGGCACCCGUGGGCGCGCGCCUGGCCGAGCUCCUGCGCGGCGGCGUCGCGGGCUACGACACCAACUACGCCGUGGACGGCGCCGACGAUAGCGGCACGGCGGCGACGUCCCUGCGGCCGGUGGCGCGCGUCCGGGACGGCGCGACGGGGCGGGCGAUGGAGCUGUGGGCGGACCAGCCCGGCGUGCAGUUCUACACCGCCAACGGGCUCGGCGGCGUCAGGGGCAAGGGCGGCAGCGUGUACGAGAGGUACGGCGCUCUGUGCAUGGAGACGCAGGGGUUCCCCGACGCCGUGAACCACCCGGGCUUCCCGUCGCAGAUCGUGAGGCCGGGGCAGGUGUACAAGCAUGACAUGGUGUUCAAGUUCUCCUUCUAGUUGACUAGCUCUCUACAACUAGACAGCAGCUUGAGCAUACAAAUGGUGCAUGCAAGUAUGCAACUCGUCUCUUGUAGUGCUGUCACACGGUGGCGUGUCAUAUAUAGACUUGAACUACAAGUCUGAAGAACACGGGAAAUAAUAGCGUGCUGCAUGUGGAUUCAUUGCAGUACGACAGUACGUUUCAUGUAUGGACGAUACGUGUACGACAGUACUGCGAAAAAUACUCCAUGGCCACUGCCAGAGAGGUGAGCUUUAUUA